AAAAAAUGGCAAGACUCGAACAAAAAGGGAAUGAAGGAGAAACCAGCAUAACUGAAUCGACGAAACCGAGGCAAAACCUACAUUGGUUGCUCCAAUAUCAGUAUGCUUCCAAUUGCACUGCACUCGUCCAAUGAAAAUUAAGCUUUCCAAUGAAUUCGUUUGGACCUGAAAAACAACACCUGGUUUGAUUGUCACCUUGGGUCGCACAGUUAUUACUACCCUUCUCUUGUGAAUUGGUGAAAUAUAUGCUCCAACUAUGGAUAAUAUGAAGAAAGAUGAAACCCAAGAUCGGAAGCAAGAUGAACUUGCUGAAUCGCUUGAUGGUCUAUUCAGUAGCGUUUCCACCAUGAUCAAAUCAGAGCUUCAGGGGACAAAUAAUCACCUAGAGCUGUUGGAGAAGAUGAAUGUAAGAGUGGCAGAAGAGUACAAAGGGUUCGGUGACUUGGCUUCAGGGUUGAGGGUUUUUGUGGAGCAGUUGAAAUGCAAGAGUGGUAGCUUUAACGAGUAUGUUGAGCAGAUUGAUAACAUUGAGAAGCAAGUAACUGAGUUUGAAGCUGUGGUCUCUAUGCUUGAUAAGUACGUUGUAUUGUUGGAAUCAAGAGUGCAAUCUGUGUACCAAAACAAAAUCCAUCUUCCCAUUCCACAAUGAUGUAAAAAUUUUACUUUUCAUGAUCAACAUUUACCUUGUUUUCUAGUUUCAAUUGAAAGAAUUGAUAGAUUUAUCAUUUACCUUGCUUCCUAGUUCCAAUUGAAAGAAUUGAUAGAUUUACCAUUUA